CUAGCUCACAGGUGAAAAAAACAACCAACAUAAGCGGAAAUAAAAAAAGAAGAGAGAGAGAGAUAGAGAGAGAGAGCAGGGUAGAUAAGAAGCAAAAACAGAAAAGGCUGCUGCUCCACUCUUAGGAAUCGGAGAAGAGAAGAGACUGUGCGCUAAGCUCUAUCUGGAAAGCAAGCAUUCCCACCCUUUCUUUUAACAUGAAGGAGCUGUUCUUGUAUUAUUACUGGCUUAUUAAGCUGCUUGCCAUCUCCUUAUUGGCAUUAGUUUUUUUGAUAAAGAUUGUAGUCUUGCUAUGGUGUACACCCCGAAGAAUUGAACAACAUUUUUCCAAGCAAGGAAUCAGAGGACCCCCUUAUCGUUUCUUCAUUGGCAACGUGAAGGAGAUCGUGGAAAUGAUGUUAAAGGCCUCUUCUCAACCCAUGCCUUUCUCUCACAACAUUCUUCCUAGAGUUCUCUCUUUUUACCAUCACUGGAAGAAAAUCUACGGUGCAACGUUUCUUGUGUGGUUCGGACCCACGGUUCGACUUACCGUCUCUGAUCCAGAUCUCAUCCGAGAAAUUUUUACAUCCAAGUCGGAAUUGUAUGAGAAAGUUGAGGCUCACCCUCUUGUUAAGCAACUAGAAGGUGAUGGACUCCUAAGCCUCAAAGGAGAAAAAUGGGCUCUCCAUAGGAAAAUCAUAACACCCACAUUCCACAUGGAAAAUCUCAAGUUGCUAGUACCUGUGGUGGCAAAGAGCGUAAUCGAUAUGCUGGAGCAAUGGUCGGCAAUGACAAAUUCUGACGAGGUGGAAAUUGAAGUUUCCGAAUGGUUCCAAACCCUAACAGAAGACGUCAUUACGCGAACAGCAUUUGGCAGCAGCUACGAAGAUGGAAAGGCCAUUUUUCAAUUGCAAGCACAGCAAAUGGUCCUCGCUGCUGUGGCAUUCCGAAGAGUUCUAAUCCCUGGUUACAGGUUCUUUCCGACAAGAAGGAACAUUAAUUCGUGGAGAUUGGACAAAGAAAUCAAGAAAUCACUGAUGAGGCUCAUUGAAAGGAGAAGAGAGAAAUCGAGCGUUAACAAAGCGCAUCAAGAUAGCUGUCCCAAGGAUUUGUUAGGGCUAAUGAUUCAGGCCUCACAUUCAUGUGCCGAUGUAACCGUACACGACAUUGUUGAAGAGUGCAAGAGCUUUUUUUUUGCGGGCCAGCACACCACAUCAAACUUGCUGACGUGGACAACGGUCCUACUAGCAAUGCAUCCACAGUGGCAGGCUCAAGCACGCGAGGAGGUCUUGAGGGUGUGUGGAUCACGUGAGACGCCCACCAAGGACGAUGUUGCAAAGCUUAAGACGCUGACCAUGAUUUUAAAUGAAUCCUUACGGUUGUACCCACCAACAAUCGCCACAAUCAGACGGUCCAAGGCUGAUGUGGAGCUGGGGGACUACAAAGUCCCAAGUGGGACAGAGAUCUUGAUACCGAUCCUCGCCCUUCAUCAUGAUCAAUCCAUAUGGGGCAAUGAUGCAAAUGAAUUCAAUCCUGCUCGCUUCUCCGGUGGUGUGGCCCGCGCUGCGAAGCAUCACGUGGCGUUCAUUCCGUUCGGGCUCGGAGUCCGCACCUGCAUCGGCCAAAAUCUAGCCAUCUUGCAAGCCAAAUUAACGCUUGCUAUAUUACUGCAACGAUUCUCUUUCAGACUGGCCCCUAGCUAUCAGCAUGCACCAACAGUCCUCAUGCUACUUUACCCCCAGUAUGGCGCACCCAUCAUCUUCCAACAUCUGUCAAAUCCAUGAACAAUCAUCAGAUACUCGAACCAAGGCUCAUAAAUCAGUGCCAAUCUCCGAUGCCUGCCCUUUCGUGCGAGUGUGCAAUUAAGAGCUUUAAUAAGUUGAGUGACCAGGAUACCGGCAAUAUUCUUGCCCUGAAAAUCAUAGAGCCCACCGGAAAUGCUCGAUGGAUUAAGCAAGCAAUUGCAUUCCACCUACCCAUCCCUGAUCCCUUCGAAGUAGUUAAUACACUAACCCCACCUGGCCAUGGUGUUCUUGCCAAAUACAUUUUACCCAUGGUUCUACCCAAGUGUUUGCCAGGGUCUUCGAGUUUCAAUCAGCCUAGGAAUUAUCAAGUAUAGGGCUAACAACUAGCUAGGUAGGUAGCUCCCCUUCCCCUUUAUCUCUCUCUCUCUCUCUCUCGCUCUCUCGUGCAUGUAAUGUAUAUCUCCAAAAUCUCUACAGUUUUGCGUAACCUUGUGGUUUUAUAAGCUUAUCUAUCGUUUUUUAUU